AACAUAAAAUGUGAUUUUGAAUCUUUUUUUUAUUUUCAAAACACUAUCAUGCUCAAUAAAGAAUUUUAAAUGUUGCAAAUGUGCAUUAAUUUCAGAGUACAUUGAGACAUUAAACUGCAUCAUUUUCAAUUAAAUUCUGGAAAAGUUGGUGUGUUCUAAAACUUUUGACCAGUAGUGUACUUUACUCUUUAUGUUUUUGUUCAGCCUUCAAGGAACUCUUCAGUCCUAUUUUUUUUACAAAAAUGUUUGGUGAACUCUGUUAAAUUCUCCAUCAGAUGCCGCUCCCAUUGAGGAUGACAAGAUUGUUGGAGGCUACGAGUGCAGGAAGAACUCUGUGCAGUACCAGGUCUCUCUGAACUCUGGGUACCACUUCUGUGGAGGCUCCCUGAUCUCCAGCACCUGGGUGGUGUCUGCUGCUCACUGCUACAAGUCCCGUGUCCAGGUGCGUCUUGGAGAGCACAACAUUGCCGUCAACGAGGGCACCGAGCAGUUCAUCAACUCUGCCAGGGUCAUCCGCCACCCCAGCUACAACAGCCGCAACCUGGACAAUGACAUCAUGCUGAUCAAGCUGAGCAAGCCCGCCACCCUGAACAGCUACGUCCGCACCGUGUCCCUGCCCUCCAGCUGUGCCGGCUCUGGAACCCGCUGCCUGAUCUCUGGAUGGGGCAACACCAGCAGCUCUGGAAACAACUACCCUGAUCGUCUGAGGUGCCUGGAUGCCCCCAUCCUGAGUGACAGCAGCUGCAGGUCUGCCUACCCUGGACAGAUCACCUCCAACAUGUUCUGUGCUGGAUUCAUGGAGGGAGGCAAGGACUCCUGCCAGGGAGACUCUGGUGGCCCCGUGGUGUGUAACGGCCAGCUGCAGGGCGUGGUGUCCUGGGGUUACGGCUGCGCCCAGAGGAACAAGCCCGGUGUCUACGCCAAGGUCUGCAACUACAACUCCUGGAUCCGCAACACCAUGUCCUCCUACUAAAGUCACCUCACAGUGCUUUCUUUGCAGGACAGAAAACUGUGUAUCUCUUAAAUAAACAGAAAAAUUAAAAAUA